UUCAAAUAAAUAGCGGGGGAUAGGAUUGUGAGUUCAUUCAUGUGAAAUAUCGUGGUUAAAGCCAGUCAGCUCCGGAGAUCAACAGUUUGAAACCAGAAGUUAUUUAUUAUGAAAUAAGCGCUAAAAACAAGAAAUAUAUUAUAAAAGUGUCAGCAGAACUCACAGAAAGAGUUUUCUAAUUCGAUAAAAGGUAGUAAAAUACCAAAUUAGUUAAUGUGAUUUUGAAAGUAGACGUUAUUUUACUGUUAAAGUACCUUGAUAAAAUGUUUUGGUACAUCUUGCACUUAGCCUGUUGAGUUUGGUACGAAUAAAAAACUACGAGUACUAUUGGUUGGAUUACUGCGAGUAUUCUUCGUAGAUUAGAACGUCACAGUUGAAUCGUUGCAGAUAGGGUACAGUGACUGUCUUUGUAGUGUUGGGACAAAAUGAAACUACUCCUGAUCUUAAUCACGGCGGCGUGCAUAACCAAUGUCUCAGAUGGCUAUUGGCGAACAACAACAACAAAAAGGCCCUGGUAUGAAUUCUGGAGAAAGCCCGCGAACAGAACGAACCAAAUCUUAAAGUACUUCUACUGCAGAAGCAAAAACUUCUCGGAGAGUACCAUAAGGCACUCUGGCCAAUGGCUAGAGGGUUUCAAACGUUUAUGGUUCGUAUUCUGGCUCGGAACGUGCCCGGAGAGGAUAAAGACCACCACGGAAGUUCCGACGCCGACGACGGAGAUGGAGACCACCACGCCGUGGCCCCGGGGCCGCUCCAGGAAGUACCCACUGAUAUACCACGACAGCGAGUUGGACUUCGUGCCUAAGACGAAGAAACCGAAGGACGCUCCGAAGCCGCCGACAGUUUGCCCGCCGAUACUUAAGCGACCUCGGCUGCCCUUCUAAAAAAACAAGUUUUCCAUUUUUUUCUUUUUUUAUGGAUUUUCAGAAUCAUCUCUCCCAAGCAUCUCUCAGUAAAAUGAAAAUUGCAAUAUAUUGUACAAGUUUUUAAA